AUGUCUACCCGGGAGGUGGCGGUGCUGCUGUGGUGGCUGAGCGGCUGCGUCUCGGCAGUGUGGAGGUAUUACAUCAAUGGCACAGACUAUUCCAUUUUCAGCACCAGGACUGCUAUUGAGCUAGAGUAUGAAGGAAGCACAUUUAUAUCAUGGGAUAUACCGAACGUUUGUACAGCUGAAGACACAAAAUCAUCCAGGACAAAACUACACUGUUCUUCUUCUGGAAUUCACAGAAUAAAACCAAAUGUCAAAAGCCCAGAAGAUACACGCUACCUGCUUGUGCAUGACUCCUACAUUUGCUUCAUGUGGUAUUACACAGUCAUAGACAUUUUGGAUACCUUAACCCAGAUUAUCACUGUGUGGGUGUUUGAUCCAGAAAGUGCCAGCGCAGAAGAGCUGCUCUGGACUGCAAAGACACCUUCGCUGAAUUCCAGAAUACUAACCAAGCAGCUCAACACCCUGGGACAGCAGCCAUACAUAUACACAAUUGAGAAGAGAAAAGUCUACCACCCACAGCCCUUAACUGCAGAUGGAACAUGGACCAUCAAACUGCCAAUGACCUCAGACGAUUUACUCAAAGUCCUGAAAGGAAACCAAGUGGCUUUCCAAGAUUGCUUCAUUGCAAACCUCCCUUUCCUGCUGACAUUUCCUUUGCUCCCCUUACCCGAGGUCCCUACAGGUCUCUCCCUCACUCUGCCAGCUGGGAACCAAUUGAUGUCUACCUGGGGUGCCUGCAUCCCUUCAUUUGCUGUCCUGGUCACUGAAAAGGACACCUUUCAAACGAAUGAUUCCUUCCGCACCUGGAACAGAAUAACUGUCCCUCCAGGUAUCCUGAGUGAUGCUCAAAGGCAAAAUGUGUCAGGUGUGACCGUGUUCGCCAGUGGACUUAUUUUUCUAAUAAAUGGUGACCUUUACUAUAAAAGUAGCAAAGAAUUCGUAAAACUGGGCUCAAGUAAAGGUGUUCCUGAAACUGAAAUUAUUGGCAUGACAAGAAGAAAGUGGUGUCAGAUGCAAUAUCUAUUUAAGUCUGAAGUAAGAAAGAGCAUGGUGGCAGCGUGGUCAAAACAUGAACUUUUCCUUGGAUACUCUUCGUUUAGAUUUAGGAAAGUAAUGGAUGUUUCGUCACUGAGAGGGAUUCUAAAGUUAGGCGCCACUCAAACCAUAGAAAUACAAAAAGCUGAGUACACCUGGCAUCCCCUGGAGAUCGCGCUGAUACUGUCCCUCUGGUCCUCCCAUACUACCACCAAGGACAUUAACAUAGUGAUAUAUAAUGAAGACUCACACGAGUGGACCUUCCAGGACUACGAAUUAAAGUUUCCCAAGGACAGCAAGUUAUUCAUACACUUUCUUUACUCGGCGAUGCCAGAUUUUGUCCUGUGGAACGAACACAGUAUCUACUAUUGUUACAAAAAUUUCACUGUGACGGGAAUGAUAAAAACACUUACAGGAGACACCAACCUGUCAUCCAUAGCACAUGGAAGCAAGAUCCACAACGUCAUUCCAGAUAAUCAAGGGAGUAUUUUGGUAAAAAUGGAAAAUAAUGAAAUGUUCUAUUUCAAGUCUGACAUUACAGAUGCAGUUAAGCUACAUAAAUGGUUAAGCAAGAAAGCCAAGACAGCACUUUACGUCAACAAAUCUUACAAUAUGUAUCUCUUACAUUUUGACAAUUCUAAGCUGACGGUCCGGGAAUACCCUUUGUAUCUGGAGGUGCAAAGUAUAAUCCACAGAAACAAAGACAAAGACCGCUGCCCAUUUCUGGCAUUCCAACACAAUAUCAUGAGACAUUUUUACUUUCUGGAUAAAGGAGAAAGCCUGACAGUUUGGUCUCAAAUAGUCUACCGAGAAAAUCUGGGUCUUUAUAUUAUUGUGGAACACUAUGGGCCAAACAUAUUAAACUCGAAACAACACGUUAACUAUGAGAUUGCCUCGGGAUUCUGUACGAAAACUAUGUUAACAACGUUUUCUCAGUCAACAGAUUACGAAUCAGUAAGCGAUUACUUCAAUUUACAAAAGAACAAUAUGGGUCUCUUGCUCGUUCAGAUCCGACCUAGUGAGUUUUCAAAAGCAUGUCCAAUGACCAAAAAGGUGUUCGAACUUGCUGUUGGCUGUGAUGCAAAAAAACACAUUAGGGUUAAAGGAUAUACUAGGACUGAAUGUCAACGCCGAGAUUUUUCUUAUGUGAUUGACAAGGAAUUUCUGAGAGAGAGACCAUCUGAAAAUUUGAAAAUAAGGUAUGACGUGGGAAGAUAUGGCUGCCCUCAGAGACUCGAAUUCAAUGAGCCAUUUCACCCUGUAUUAGAGCUGCAUGAUGAAAGUGGCUUUGUUAAAAUCGUCGAAGCAAACUUUAUCCUGUGGGAAAUCCACGGCAGGAAUGACUACAGCUUUAACAAUACUAUGAAGCAGAGUGGUUGUAUAAAUGUAGCCCAGACGUGGAAGUCAAUGAUAGAGGAAAACCCAGGCAAGCCCCUGGAAGACAUCUGGGGGCCUCAGAACUAUAGGACUUGUUUUUCUUAUGCUGUUGGGAAUCCAGGAGACCUAAAUCAACCAUAUGAGAUUUUAAACUAUUCUAACAGAAACCAUUUACAAUGGCCCAUGGACCAUUCUGGAAUGUAUGUGUUUCGAGUAAAGAUCCUGGAUCCAAACUUUAGUUUCUGUAACCUAACAGCUAUUUUUGCGAUUGAGACCUUUGGAGUGAUUCCCAGCCCGAGUGUCUACCUAGUAGCUUCCUUUCUUUUUGUCCUGAUGAUCACGUUCAUCAGCAUUCUAGUUCUGAGCUAUUUCUGGUACAUGAAGAUUUAUAGACAGUUUAUUUUUGAGCCACUUCAUAAGCCUCCUGGAAAACAGAAGAAGAGUUAG